UAUAUAACAGAUAUAUAUACACUUGAGAUAUAUAUAUAUAUUUAUAUAUAGAGAGAGAUAGUUAGGUAUAUACUGGAAUAUAUAUUAGUUGAGAGAAUAUUGGUGGGGUUUGUAAGGGGGUGGUGUUGAAGAUGAGCAACAACAGUGGUCUUGUUGGUGGAGUUGCUAGGGUUUCAAUCCCUACUAAUGUGAGAAAAAUGAUCCAAAACAUCAAAGAGAUGACUACAAAUCACAGUGAAGAUGAAAUAUAUGCAAUGCUUAAAGAAUGUUCUAUGGAUCCCAAUGAAACUGCUCAGAAACUCCUCUCACAGGAUACAUUCCAUGAAGUUAAAAGUAAGCGUGACCGAAGAAAAGAGAAUUCAAUCAAGGAGUCUGCUGAACCAAAGUGGAAAACAGGCAUGCAGGGCAGGGGGAACAAAGGGAUUCGUGGAAAUUUGACUUCUCGUCAUGCUUCACAUGAUGUAGGUGGUGGAAAGAAUGGGAAAGAUAACAUUGCCAAUCAAAUUCUUGACAAGAGUGUCAACCUAUCUUCUGUUCCUAAUGUUGAGGCAAAGAAUGUUUCAAGCUCAUCAAGUGCUGCAGUAAAUGGGCCUAGUGGUCUAGCUUCCGGGAGCAACAGUGUUGCACUAAAUGCUCAUGCAUCCACAAGAAGAGCAGUUAAACAAUUUCAAGCAAAUACAGGUGUACAGACAACUUCUGCUGAUGCAAGCAAAAACCCAAAAGGUGCUACAGGAAACAGGGAUGUGCAUGGGCAGCAAUUCUUCAAGAACGCCAAACUCCUUCCAGAUCCCGUGCUCUUACAGAUCCGGCAAUUCUUCAAGAGCAUUCUCCUGUUAUCUUCACCACCUCCAUCAGGAACUUGUCUCUCAGCUUCAGAUCCCGUGCUCUUACCAUCUCAAGAUUCACGACCCGCUGGUGUAGUAGGCACAGUUAGAAGGGAAAUUGGGAGCCAGCAUUCUCCUGUUGAACAUGUUUCUUCUAACUCCAAUGGGAGCAAAAAGACUAAUGUCGCUUUGAAUCUCUUCCGAAGCUCAAAUAUCCAAGUAAAGAUGCCAAGCAAAUUUCAGGGGUCUGGUAUAAUUAUAUAUUUUAAGAAUCAACUUCAAGAGUACUCUAGUAGCAAUUUCUGAUGCUGGAAGCUCAAAUAUCCUUCAACCCAUGGUGGUUCUUCCGUUAGUAGGCCGUCAUCUAAUUACAACAAUCGCUCACAAACAAUUGGUCUACAAAAAGGUCCUUCUAAGGAGUGGAAGCCAAAGCCUGUAAACAGUAAUCUAGUUCAGGGGUCUGCUCUUGCUGCUUCGUCUGGUGUUUCUACGGUUUCUGUUGAAGUCAAUACUCUGUCGCAGCCUCCUGCUGCUGUUCCCGAAACAAAGGAAGUUACGGAGGAUCUGCAGAAGAAGUUAGAGGAAUCACACAUUUCAGAUGUUGAACAUGUUAUUAUUCCUAGCCACCUUCACGUUCCUGAGGUUGAAAAACUUGGUUUCUGCUUUGGAAGUUUUGACACUAGCUUUAGUUUGGGCACAAGCACAAAUAAUGCUCCUGAGCAUGACAGAAGUCCACCACUUUCUGAAGCUUCCGAGUGCAUUGAAGAAGCUACAACUGAACAACCUCCAAGGUCUAUCUCUCUCUCUCUCUCUCUCUAUUUCUUCUCUGUCCCCGAUGCUCCCUCCCUUGUCCUAUUGAUAAGGCAGCUGUUUUUUUUUUUUUUCGCAGUAAUUUAUGUUGUAUCUGUACUUAUCAACCAAGACAAAGUGUAUAUGUAUGAAGAAUGUGAUUAUAGAUGCGACAUGUCUUUUUUGCAGAGCGAAAGCUCAGGUGUGUGGAUUAAUGCGCACAACAGAGAUUUAUCUAGCUUGCAAGCAAGUUCCUUUUACAAUCUUCCUCAGGGUCAAGUGGCUCUAACACCCACGCAACCUGGACAUGGAACCUUUGCUAGUGUUUAUCACCCAGCUCAACCAGUUACAGCAUCAAGUGUUCAUCCACUUCUGCAGCAGUCUCAGACGAUUGCUGGUCCAGUUGAUAUGGUGGGACCAACCGCCAACGUCUAUCAACGGCCUCAGCAUUCACAAAUGAACUGGCCAAAUAGUUAUUGACUGCUAUUCAUUGGAGGUUUUAGACAUGCAACAUGUUGCGACGUGGAGGAAUGGUUCCAGCAAAUGUUGGAAAGAAGUGUGCAGGCUGACUGUAAAUUUAUUAAGGGUGCCAAACCACAAAAGUACGUCAGCAUUGGCAUCUCUUCUUGCUUGGACUGAGGAUAAUGGUGAAUCCUCCUGUAACUGAUAGUGACAGAUUUUAGUUGAGGCAGGUAUAUGCGGAUUGGUUUUGUUUACAACGUAAUAGCCUUCAAUAGUUUUGAGCAUUAUUAGAAUAACUAUGAGAGGUUAAACUUUUUUCGUCCCUAUAUAUUUCUUCUUUUGGUAGGAUUUUUAGGACUCUUGAAAGCAAUGAGGUUUCUAGGGUUUUUUCCAUACAUCUUGCUUUCGUGCUUAUCUUUGUACCUGUAAAGUUAAUAUUGAGGGACUGUUGUAAUUGGUGGUUGGGGCAAAGAAAAAUGCGGCUUUAUUCGCGGUAAAUGGUGAGGUGAAUUGAUACACAACUUGAAAGGCCCUUUCUGUUGUGUUGAAAUUUUGAGAUUAUUGAUGGUCUUGCAUGCAAUUCACUGUUAGAAUUUUCUCUAA